AUGGUUUCAAGUACCAGAAUCAAGGCAAGGGANUAUUCUGCUGCUAUGAUCAUUCGAAUUAAGCAGCUUUUAGUCUAUCAGAGCUGGAUUGUCGCUGGAUACGUUGUGGCAGCUAUUCAUGUCACCGUUUAUUCAGUGAUGAUGGUUCAGCUGAGUUUUGUUUCAGCGACAUCUCACAGCUGGGCUGUUCAGCUGGACUGUUCAGCUGCAUUAUUCAGCUGGACUGUUCAGUUGGACUGCUAUUGCAGCUGGACUGUUCAGUUGGACAGCUUUGCAGCUGGACCGUUAUCUUUCUGGAGUCUUUCAGGACUCUCUAUGUUACUGAGCGGGACUUCUAUUUUAGUUAGGGAUUAUCAGCAGAGCUGCACAGAUGUCUUUUUAUCUUCGGCAGCACUGUUCACGUUACUGUUCCAUACAGCUGGUGCUUCGGCUGGUCUUAUCUUUUACAAGACUCCAAAGUCNUGGCAGGAGUCUUUCAGGACUCUCUAUGUUACUCAGCGACGGGACUUCUAUUUUAAUUAG